AUGCAGGAGUCACGCCAACCAUCUUUCAACAUUCUGAAAGCCGCUUACAACAUUCUCGGCUGCGGCACAAGACUGUUCGCGUAUUUUCGUGAUCAAGAAUCAGAGAGGAAGACACAAAUGUUUGAGUGGGAAAAGAGGCUUGCAUACGUUGGAGAAGAGGUUGACACUGAAGACGACGACAUCAGUGCAGAUGAACGUGUUGUACAACUUGCAAGAAGCUGUGGGGUUGCGAGGUAA